AUGAAGCUCGACGACAUUGAUGUGAUCCUUACCCGGAACACCAUUCGGAGCUUGCUCUCCUUUGUCAAGACCGGAAUCAAGAGAUCAGUUGCUAUGCAAAUGCAUCUGAUCAACAACACUCUGAUUAUCGCGGCCGACGAAGAGAAAAAUCGGCGGUAUAAUGACCCCCGCAAGCGUCCUAACUGGGGUCAUGCCUUCGAGGACGCGUUCACAUCGUAUAGUGCGGAGCUCCGUGACAGUAUUUCCCACCAUCGAGUUAUCAAGUACAAGCUCGGAAGUGUCACCGUUGCUGUCUGCCACGAGGCAGAUGCUUCAUACUCGCAGUUGCCACAAGGUCCACAACAUCCCGCAUACCAAGAGAGGGGCUCCUCGUUCGGGAACAUCAAACCUUCCGCUGGGCUCAGACGACGAUAUGAACAAUUAAGCACGGACGGGUUGACAAAGGUGCGCCUGGCUGGAGCCGGUACGUUUCCCAGUGAGAUGGCAGAAUUGAAGGCAUCGUGCUUCUUCCAGUCGAUCGGGACCCACAUGAAUCAGCUUUGGUUCGGUCGAACAUCCUACAUCAUUACCGGAAAACAUGCUGAGGGCAACUUUCAAGAGUGUGGUAUUGUUAACGCCGAGUCUGAGUUCUCAAUCUGGGAAGAGAGGCACCAGGAGGCGCUGCAGAAACUCGAUUCACUCAUCAUGAUUCUACGCGAGAGGGUCGGAUCUUUAGGUGGCCAGGGGGUAGGAAUCAUCAACAAGUCGAGGAGCAAGACCAUAUUGGAGAUAUGGACAGCCCAGAAAAAGACAGAACCCCUCUCUGUCGAGUUCAUCGAGAGGCAUUGGAGCCAGAUUGAGACUGGGCGAUUUUCUGUUCAGUUCGGUUCGAAUAUGACCAGGCAAGAUUAA